CUGUAUAUUUCUGUAAUUCCUUAUUUUCUUGCUUGUGUAGGGUGCAGCUUGAGGAUGCCCUGGCGGGCGCCCUUGAAAAGGCGAUUGGGGGUGGCGGUCACAAAUACGGGUCAAUAAGGGGCAACAACGGGCUCAACGCACUAUCAAACAACACAAAAAACGCGCCCGAAGAGAUUGCAGGACUAUCACAGGCUUUGCAAAAGGAGGUGGAUGUGUUGAUGCAGAUGCACCUGCGGCUAGGCGAGCGCAUGAACAAUGAAAUUGUCCGAGCACUUGAAUCAUUUUUCAAGGAGCAAUGGCGGGCGGCACAGGACAUUGAGGCCAAAGUGCGGCAGCUAGCAGUGUCGAUGCGGAGCCACCAUGAGCAGAUCCCCAAGCUGUCUGCGCGCACAACGGUCAAGUCAGCGAAGGUCAGCCAGCAGGCUAAACAGAGGCUUGAUGGGGAGACACAGCUGCUGAUCCAGCUGCAGCAGCGAUGGCAGAAGGAGAUAGUCGGCCUGGUGGACGGCUUCGAAGCUAUCGAGGUUUCGCGCACAGAGCUUGUCCGGGAAUCUGUGUUCCGAUUUGAGCACUACCGCGUAGAAUUCUUUAGGGCCGCACAGGGCGGCGCCGACGCAGCGAGGAAGAUUGCCAAGGAUAUGCACACACAGGCGAGGAUUGUCGACACAAUGCGUGAUUCCAUGUACGGGUCUGGCCCCACACAGAGUAUACCUGUGAGAACCACUGCUGCCCCUACUCCAAUGGGGGCGAGCGUGGCGAGUUUGCAGAGUGCGCGCAGUUUGCAAGGCAGUGUCGACUCGGAGGGAGAUAAGGCCAAGGGGCUGCGUAAGUUGGGGCUUUUCCUCGGAAAGGGCAGGCGAGUGUCCAAAGAAUUGCCUGCGAAUGCAUCACCUGUGUCUUCGAUGUACAGCCGCAGUGUCAGCAGCAGCAGUGCAUUGCCCGCAGUCACUGCCUCAGGCGCUCCGCCAAGCGUCUUGUCGACUGUCACAGGGCAUUCCGAGGCAGCCAGCACAGGUGUUUCUAGCGACGUCUCUGGUGUGAGUGGAAACCCGGCGCCGCUACGGCAGCGCAGCAGCAGCAGCAACAGCCUUGCAUCAGCGCAGUCGGACCAGGCGCCGAGGAACGUGGGGGAGAAUGUUUGGAAUCAACAGCAGCAGCAGCAGGAGUCGUCCUCGUCGUCGAGGCAGUCGAUGCGGAACGGUGGGGGUGAUUUUGCUGAAUGGGUUUUUGCCGAUGGGUCGCAGGAGGCUAUCUCCACGACGAUGGAUGCGUCUAUGGGGUCGAUGGUCUAUGUGAUGAACAGCCAGUUGCCGGCCAUCCACGAAUCUCCCGGCAUUCCCGAGGAGGACAAUGAUAUCUUUGCGCAGAAGGACGAUGCGAGCCGCAUCUUUGGCGAUAUCAGCGAUGUACCGUUCGACGAUGUCAAAUUCAACAACGCAUUUGGACCGGAGUUUAGCACCACGGCCACAGAUGCCUUGUUUCAGCCAAAUACAGAGGCAGCAGCAUUGGCUGUUGACUUGGACUCUGUAUUUAGCAUUCCCAGCCGCGGCAAGGCAGCCGAAACCGUAACUGCCAGGCAGAAGCCUGUCCUGGAUGCGGUAUUUGACUUUGCAGCGGCGUUCCCAACCAGUGGCACUGAUGCCAUGGCUGCACACAAGCGCAGCGCCAGCAUCGGUGCAGCCUCGAAACACACACAGGAGGAGGAUGUGAAGGGCAGUGAGGAGCCAGCAAGCAAGGCGAGCGACAGCGAAGACAAUGAAGACAAUGAAGACAACAAAGACAACGAAGACGACAACAAUUCGAUAGACCAGUCGUUCCGCGUCAAGUUCUCGAUCCGCGAGCGCGCUAUCUGCGAUAACCCGGACGAGUCCAAGGCGGCGUUGUCACGGGUCACCACGCUGCUCCGUGCAGCGCCAUCCACAAGCCGCGGCAACCGGCGUCGUGACGUACGCACCAUGUACGUGCCGUCCAGCUUGCCCACCACCAGAGCUGCUGCUGGGAGUGAGGAGUGUGCGGCAGUGUCGACACCGUUGCUGCACCAGCCAGAGGCGUCUGUGGCGACGACAGAGAAUGUCAGCGAAGUGACUGCCAAUGAUGCCAACAACAACAAUGACGACGAUGAUGAUGUGCUGCUGGCCAAUGUGGUGAAAACCUCGAGAACCACGCUGGACGGGGCGGCCAACCAGGAUGCCAUUCCUGUUGCCACAGCCACCGUCGCUUAUGUGUCGGCAACAUUUGAAGAGCCUGCAAUGUUUGACGGUGACGUGGUUGCUGUGGGCAAGGUAAUUACUGCAGAGCCAGUUGAUGAUAAAGCAAAGGCUGCAGAAGGAGUUGAAGAGGUGCCUGUAGAUAGUGCUGCUUUGGGACUCGAUUGCAACAGCCAAGAGGAAGUGCGCUGCUCUGGAACAGCCAGCGCAGUCCACUGCUGUCAUCUCAGCUAGUGCAACUGCAGCAGAAGCAUGAUGGUCUUGUUCGGCGCCGUGCCCCGCCUCCGCCGCCAGCAGUCCGCGCACGGUCCUCCAAUCGACAGCAGCAGAGCCAGGCGGCACUAGCACCAGUUGACGGAAUGGUACCUGAAAUAACGAAGGUCGAGGAUGCGGUGGUCCAGCUGCGUGACGACGCUAUUGCUUGCC